UCGAGUUGGAUAUCUCAAAGCAAAUUUUUAUCUCCCUCCUACUCCGAGUUAUCGCGACUCGUCUGUGUAUAUUAAAUAAACUGGAAUUUCUUUCGCCGGACUUUUUUUAGGCAUUUGAGUGGCAAUCCCACUCGAUAUCUGCUUCCUGGUUUUUUUUUUAAAUGAGGUAAUUUAAUAAAUUAUUUUAGAUGUACAAUCAAAGCAUUAUGCCGACGGCUCCUCCCGUGGAGUUCGUAGAGCCGUCGGUAUACAUAACCUGCAGCCGCUGCAGUUAUGUAUACUACAACCGGUGCCGCUGCCACAGCCGUUUCAGCCGCUGCCGUUUCAGCCGCUGCAGCCACAGCCGUUUCAGCCGCUGCCGCUGCAGCCACAGCCGUUUCAGCCGCUGCCGCUGCAGCCACAGCCGUUUCAGCCGCUGCCGCUGCAGCCACAGCCACAGCCACAGCCGCAGCCACAACCGCAGCCGCAGCCACAGCCACAGCCACAUCAUGGUGUGCACAUAAAAAAAAUUUAUUGUUUUACGUGCAAAAAGCCGGGGCACAAAGAGGUAAAUGGUUUUUGGCGAAGAAAGGGUAUGUUGAUGCAUAAAUAUUUGAAAAUACGUGUGUUUUUUUGGCAGAAUUUCUAAUGGGCACCCGUAGGUUUCUGCCAUGCCCGGGUGGGGAGCGGGGGUCUCUUUCUCCAGACAGUGUGAACUGCCCGGAGAGCGAUGCCGCCCAUGACCGGAAUACGAACCGGCGACGGUACGCGUCGGGACCGACGUGUUAAUCCGUCAGGCUUUGCACCCCCUCAAAUAAGUUUAUUUAAUGUAACAUUAAUAAACAACUACAUGCCUAUAAUAAAUAUAUUUAUAAUUAAUAUAUUACCAUUAAU